AUGUCUCUCGCCUAUGGAAUGACGGGUAGCAACGACGCCACUGCGGCAAUGUAUGGUGUUCCCAACGCUACCCCCCAUUACAACCCCGACGAUGUCGACAAACACGACAUUUCCACCGAGGACGAGGCGCACGACGGCAGCUCCCCCGCCGAGACGGUCGCCAAGGGUCACAACGAUGUCACUGAAAUGAUCCGUCGCACGUCCGUCGUCGAGGCCCUCGCGCGCAGCUACUCGCGUGCCUCAGGCGCCGCCGGCGACAACCCGUUCCUGGCUGGCCCCGACUCGCCGUUGAACCCCAGCUCGCCCAACUUUUCCGGCCGCGAAUGGGCCAAGGCCAUUGUCGAGCUCGUCUCGCACGAGGGCUCAGCCUUUCGCACCGCCGGCGUGUGCUUCCAGAACCUCAACGUCCACGGCUUCGGCACCGCAGCCGACUACCAGAAAGAUGUCGCCAACGUCUGGCUCUCGGCCGCCGGCAGCAUCCGCAAUCUCAUCACCAACAACAAGCAGCGCAUCGAUAUUCUCCGCAGCUUUGACGGCAUUGUUCGUCGCGGCGAGAUGCUGGUCGUUCUGGGCCCGCCCGGUUCCGGCUGUUCAACCUUGUUGAAAUCGAUUUCUGGCGAGAUGAAUGGAAUCUACACCAAUGACGAGUCCUACAUCAACUAUCAAGGUAUCGAAGCAAAGGAAAUGUACAAGCACCAUCGCGGCGAAGCCAUUUACACUGCCGAAGUCGACGUCCAUUUCCCCCAACUGUCGGUUGGCGACACCCUCACCUUUGCCGCCCGCGCUCGUCAGCCGCGCCAGCUGCCACAGGGACUAAACAGAAACGAGUUUGCAAACCAUCUUCGCGAGGUUGUCAUGGCCAUGUUUGGCAUCUCGCACACUGUCAACACCAAAGUCGGUAAUGAAUAUGUCCGUGGUGUCUCUGGUGGUGAGCGAAAGCGUGUGUCCAUCGCCGAGGCCGCCUUGUCUGGCGCACCUCUCCAGUGCUGGGAUAACUCGACUCGCGGCUUGGAUUCGGCCAAUGCCAUUGAAUUCUGCAAAACCCUCCGCCUUCAGACGGAGCUCUUUGGCAGCACAGCCUGUGUCUCGAUUUAUCAGUCGCCUCAGACCGCGUACGACCUCUUUGAUAAGGCCAUUGUUCUUUACGAAGGCCGUCAGAUCUUCUACGGGCACGUCAACGAUGCCAAGCAGUACUUUGUUGAUCUUGGCUUCGAAUGUCCAGCUCGUCAGACCACGCCUGAUUUUCUGACCUCGAUGACCUCGUCGCUGGAGCGAGUCAUUCGCCCUGGUUUCGAGGGACGCACGCCCCGCACACCCGACGAAUUCUCCGCUGCCUGGAAGAAUAGCGCCAAUUACAAGGCUCUUCAGGCCGAAAUUGAACAAUACAAAAAGGACCAUCCCUUUGACGGUGCCGAUGCAGAGGCCUUCCGUGCUCACAAGAAGGCUCAGCAAGCCAAGGGCCAGCGCAAUGCAUCUCCCUUUACCCUCUCCUAUUCUCAACAAAUCAAGCUCUGUCUCUGGCGCGGCUGGAAGCGUCUCACAGGCGAUCCCAGUCUUACCGUCGGCAUGUUGGUCGGAAAUGUCAUCAUGGCUCUCAUCAUUGGCUCCGUUUUCUACAACCUCCAGAAGAAUUCGUCUAGUUUCUUCCAACGUGGCUCCCUUCUCUUCUUCGCUUGCCUUAUGAAUGCCUUUGCCAGUGCGCUGGAGAUUCUUACGCUCUAUGCCCAACGUCCCAUUGUUGAAAAACAUGCUCGAUACGCCUUUUAUCACCCAUCCGCCGAAGCCGUCUCAUCUAUGAUUUGCGACUUGCCGUAUAAGCUGGUCAAUGGUGUCAUCUUCAACCUGACCAUCUACUUCAUGACCAAUCUGCGGCGCGAGCCAGGACACUUCUUCUUCUUCUUGCUCAUCUCAUACGCCACCGUGCUGGUCAUGUCCAUGAUCUUUCGAACAAUUGGUUCCGCAACUCGAACACUAUUCCAGGCUCUUGUCCCUGCUGCCAUCAUCAUCCUCGCCUUGGUCAUCUUUACCGGUUUUGUUCUGCCGACAAGAUAUAUGCUUGGGUGGUGUCGGUGGAUCGGCUACAUCAACCCGCUUUCCUAUGCUUUCGAGGCACUCCUCGUCAAUGAGUUCCACGGCCAAGAGUUCCCAUGUACCGAUUUCGUGCCCAACCCCAUGGUCGAGGGCUAUGCGGACAUUACCGGGGAUCAUCGUGUGUGCAGCACCAUUGGCGCUGUUCAAGGACGCACCAGUGUCAAUGGUGAUAGGUAUGCCGAAAUGGCUUUUGGUUAUCAAUGGGGGCACCGAUGGCGCAACUUCGGCAUCGUCAUUGCGUUCAUCGUCUUCUUCCUCACCUGCUACAUGAUUGCUGCUGAAUUCGUCUCGGAAAAGAAAAACAAGGGCGAAGUUCUCGUAUACCGUCGGGGCCACAAGUCGGCGGCUAUCGGAAGUGCCGAGAAGAAGCGCGACCCUGAAGCUGCCAUGGCGAACAUUGGCCCGGUCGUUACAGCCGAACGGAGCCGAGGCCAGGAUGGUGGCCUGCUUCAGGAGCAGACUUCUGUGUUUCAAUGGCACGAUGUUUGCUAUGAUGUCAAAAUCAAGAGUGAAACUCGCCGAAUUUUGGAUCAUGUUGAUGGCUGGGUUAAGCCGGGCACGUUGACUGCGUUGAUGGGCGUUUCCGGCGCCGGAAAGACAACACUUCUCGAUUGUUUGGCCGAUCGUGUUAAUGUCGGUGUUUUGACGGGCGAAAUGUUUGUCGAUGGCCGACCCCGCGAUACGUCUUUCCAGCGCAAAACCGGUUACGUGCAGCAGCAGGAUCUUCAUCUCCAGACAACCACUGUUCGUGAAGCUCUCGUCUUCUCCGCCGUGCUUCGGCAGCCUGCUCAUGUUCCCAGAGCUGAAAAGGUGGCAUAUGUCAAUGAGGUGAUCAAGCUACUGGACAUGGAAGAGUAUGCCGACGCGGUAGUUGGUGUUCCUGGUGAAGGCCUUAACGUUGAACAGCGAAAGCGUCUUACGAUUGGUGUCGAACUCGCUGCCAAGCCUCCCCUGCUUCUCUUUGUCGAUGAGCCAACUUCUGGUCUUGAUUCACAAACUUCUUGGGCUAUCCUGGAUCUACUUGAGAAGCUUACCAAAGCCGGCCAAGCUAUCCUGUGCACUAUCCACCAGCCAUCCGCUAUGCUCUUCCAGCGCUUUGACCGUCUCUUGUUCCUCGCUAAGGGUGGCAAGACUGUUUAUUUCGGCGAGAUUGGCGAAAACUCAAAGACCAUGACCGACUACUUUACCCGAUACAGCAACAAGGAAUGCCCUGAAGCAUCGAACCCGGCUGAAUGGAUGCUCGAGGUGAUUGGUGCCGCGCCUGGCUCGCACACGGACCUUGAUUGGUUCAAUACCUGGCGAGAGAGCCCUGAAUACAGAGCCGUACAGAAGGAAUUGGAAAACAUCAAAGUCGAAAGGUUACAGGAACCCGAAUCUGUCAUUGACGCAUCGCCGAUCAACCAAGACCCGAACAGCUACCGCGAAUUCGCCGCGCCGUACUCGGUCCAGCUGAGAGAGUGCCUCCACCGCGUUUUCCAGCAGUACUGGCGUAUGCCCGUCUAUAUUUAUUCCAAGGCGGCCCUUUGCACGCUUGUUGCGCUCUUUGUUGGCUUCGUCUUCUUCCGAGCCCCCAACAGUGUGCAAGGGUUGCAAAACCAAAUGUUUGCCAUCUUCCAGCUGCUGACCGUCUUUGGCCAAAUCGUGCAACAGUCUAUGCCACAAUUUGUGAUUCAGCGAUCGCUCUAUGAAGUACGUGAGCGACCGUCCAAGGUCUAUUCAUGGAAGGUCUUUAUGCUGGCCCAGAUUAUCGUGGAACUCCCGUGGAACUCCCUCAUGGCAGUCAUCAUGUACUUUGCCUGGUACUACCCAGUCGGCCUAUACCGCAACGCCGAAGCCACUGGCCAGGUCACGGAACGUGGCGCGCUCAUGUUUCUCUAUCUCCUCAUGUUCCUUCUCUUUACCGGCACUUUUUCUACCUUUAUCAUUGCUGGGUUUGAAACGGCGGAAGCCGGUGGUAACAUGGCCAACCUCAUGUUUACUCUCUGCCUCAUUUUCUGUGGUGUCCUUGCCAACGAGAACAGCCUUCCCGGCUUCUGGCACUGGAUGCUUACAGUUUCGCCGUUCCGAUACAUGAUAUCUGGAAUGUUGGCGGUCGCGGUCGCGAACACGGAUGUCGUCUGCGCGGACAAUGAAAUCGUCACUUUACAGCCCCUUGGCGGCACUUGCUUGGACUAUCUGGGGCCCUAUAUCAACAAGGUGGGCGGGAGCCUUCUCAACGAGAAUGCCACCAAGGACUGCCAAUUUUGCACCAUUUCGGACACGAAUACAUAUCUCGCCGGCGUCAACAGCUACUACAGUGACAGAUGGCGCAACUUUGGCAUCCUCUGGAUCUAUGUCGUGUUCAACAUUUUCGCUGCUCUAUUCAUUUACUGGCUGGCGCGCGUGCCGAAGAAGAAUAGCCUGAAGAAAAAGAAGGAGGACAAGAAGAAUGAUGCCGAGGUGACUAAGGAGGCUGAAAAGGUGACGGAAAAGGAGAAGACUGAAAUUUAG